CAUUUGUAUACAUAUUUUUUUUAACAUACAAAUACAAUGGAGCCACCGUAUGCACCUUUAAGUGAGUCCUGCGCUAAAGCGCUGGGCGACAAAGUCUACGACAAGCGGAAAGUGGCCUCCCAAGAAAUUGAAAAAAUGGUCACUGAGUUUAAUAAUAAGAAUAAUGCAACACAAAUACGAAAGUUGAUCGAAGUGCUCUCAAACGAUUAUGCCACAUCACGCGAUGCCAAUCGCCGUAAAGGAGCUCUGAUUGGGUUGGCUGCAACGGGUUUAGGGCUAGGCAAGGAUUCGGAUAAAUACGUGAGCGAGCUGGUGACACCCAUAAUGAACUGUCUGUCCGAUCCAGACUUGCGCGUACGUUACUUUGCCUGUGAGUCCCUAUACAAUGUGGUUAAAGUAGCCCGUGCAGCCAUUAUACCGUACUUUCCAGAAUUAUUCGCUGCUCUAUCGCGUUUGGUUACCGACUCCGAUCAAAUGGUGAAGGACGGCAGUGAACUGUUGGAUCGCUUGCUAAAGGACAUUGUUACUGAAUCAUAUGAGACCUUUAAUUUAGAAGCCUUCAUUCCGCUGCUUAGGGAGCGCAUGUAUGUCAACAAUCCGUUUGCACGUCAAUAUGUCAUUUCGUGGAUCUCAAUUCUGAAUGCUGUACCCGAUAUUAAUAUGGUUAACUAUUUAACUGAAAUACUGGAUGGUCUCUUCGUCAUGCUAGAGGAUAAUACGCCGGAGAUACAGCCCAUGUGCGAGAACACGAUUAGUCAGUUCUUAAAGUCUAUACGCAAUGAUUCCUCGUCAGUGCGCAUGGAGGAUACCAUCAACACGUUGAUAACACACGCACAAUCGCUGAACGAAUUAAUUAAGUCCAUUGCCAUAUCAUGGAUAAGAGAAUUCGUACAAAUAUUUGGCCCAAACGUGUUGCCCUAUGCGAGUGGCAUUUUCACAGCUAUUUUGCCAUGCCUUGAAUACAAUGUGGAGUCCAAGCGCAACAUCAAGGAGUGCGCCGUCUCUGUGAACAACUCAAUGAUGCAGCUGGUAUCUUCAAAAGAGUUUAAAACUCAAAAUGUGGCCAAAAUUGAUUUACGUUCGAUUAUGGAAGUGCUCUCGCAAUACCUCACGCACAACUCAAUGCACACAAAGAUUGCAGUACUUAAAUGGAUACAUCAUCUCUUUUUAAAUUUUCCCAACGAAAUGGCGCUGCAUGACAGCAAUCUGAACAACAAUCUUUUGGCCACGCUAUCUGACAACUCGGAUGAGGUGGUUCUGCAAAGCUUAUGUGUGCUAGCUGAGAUAAUCAACUCGCAGGAUACAAAGGAUCUAGAUGAUUUUAAUAAACCACAUUACCGUAAAUUUUUGCUGAGCCUACUGAAUCUGUUCACCGAGGACAAACUGAUAUUGGAAAACCGAGCCAGCCUUAUUAUAAGAAACCUGUGUGUUCUACUGAAUGCCGAGUAUAUCUAUCGCACACUUGCCGAGAUCAUUGCAGAUGGAGUGCUUAAUCUGAAGUUUUCCUCUACGCUUGUGCGACUUUUAAACAAUAUAUUGUUGACCUCAACGGAACUUUUUGAGUUACGCACUAGCUUGCGAGAAAUUUCGGAUCCGAAAUCAGCAGAUCUCUUCCAAUGCCUUUACAAAAGCUGGGUCUGCUGUCCAGUGUCCACGUUGUCGCUUUGUUUGAUCGCUCAGUGUUAUCAGCAUGUCUCCGAGCUGGUUAUUCUAUUCUCGGAUGUUGAGAUUACGGUGGAGCUGCUCUGCGAAUUGGACAAGCUGGUUCAGCUCAUUGAAUCUCCAAUUUUUGCUGCCUUGCGCCUAACACUUGUUUCUAAAUCGAAUAAUUGUGCUGAUGCUCAAUAUUUGGCACAUGCGCUCUUUGGAAUACUUAUGUUGCUGCCACAAACUGUGGCUUUUGAAACUCUCCGUAAUCGCCUGCAAUGUGUACCCAACUAUUGGAGUCGAGCGCCCAUUGAUGAGCGCAACUCUUUGGAGUACAGGAGCGGCAUCGACUUUACUGCACUUCGGGUUCAUUUCAUUGAGCGGCAAAAGUCGCAGCGUGCCCAGCGUCUAAUACAGAGGAAACGUUCCGUAAUUACGCCGGAUAUUAACUAAUUCAAUAAAAAUGAAGUAUUUUAUAUCUGUGAUUAAGCUAACAAUAGGCAUAAAGCGUAAUUUUGAAAGCA